CCAGAGACCAAAACUGAGGCUGGAAAUGAUCAUGUUUUUUCCAGUACUGCUGAUAGUCUGUGCUGUCUCUGCAGCUCAGCUUCAAGAGUCUGACGACAUUAUUUCAAAUUUAAGGCAAACUGAGGCACAAGUAGGAGAACCAGACCAUGACUCUGCUACCCAGCAGACCCACACACAGGACAUCGAUGCUGUUCUGAGAAAGAUGGCUGCCUGGUUGGCUGGAUUGAAGGUGGAGGUGAAGCACUUACAGAGAGAAAAUGAAGCAAAGACAAAAGAGCUGUAUUCACUCAACCAACAGUACCAAGCACAGGAAAGACAGAUGAAAGAACUGCGGCAACAGAACCAAGUGCAGGCAACAGAACUGGCUACUGUUAAAGCCAAGGCAAGCUUCACCGAAAACAGAGUGGAAGCUCAGGCAGCAGAACUGGCUACUGUUCAGGCCAAGGUAGACAAUGCUGAAAACCAAGUGGAGGCUCUGAAGAGAGAGGGAGAAGCAAAACGUCUGGCUUUCUCUGCCUCUUUUUUGGCAUUGACUCCAGGAGACUUUGGACCAUUCAACACACACACAACUCUGGUCUUCAGACAUGUUGUUACUAAUAUUGGAAGUGCCUACAACCAACAUACAGAAGCUCUUCCAGGUACCGACAUCCUGGCGUCGGAAGAAAAACUACACCAGCUGGAGUCCCAGCCACUUAUUGCUCUUGACCUGGAUGGUCUCUCAAAUUUGCAGCUGGUACCAUCCAAAUUUGGGCCUGUGCCACAGGGCUCAUUGAUAUCUUACCUGCGCCCACCUGAGAAGUUCUAAGGUAGCAUCAUCCUGCACCACAUGGCUCCUGUCUUCCCCUCUCUUCCUUCGACGCUGUGCAGUCUUCCGAACAUGUCUUAAGCCUAGUCUUAAAAGUAAUCUAUCUGCCACACGGACUAAAAGUAGAAGCUGGCUCCACAGGAGAGGACCAUGUUCAAAUUCUAACUUCAGGACCCAUUUCCACCUUUUUAUGUCUCUCAUUUGUUUCUUGUGUAAUAACUGUGGAUGGGGUUAUUACACAAAUUCUUUUUUUUUUUUUUAAAAGAAGGAAAUAUAGCUGAAAGCAAUUAUUGUGUGCUUUGCAGAGAGGCAACAACAUUAGUGCAAAUUGCUGCAUUGAUAUACAGUACAGACCAAAAGU